AUGGGCCCCGAUGCUGACGCAGAUGCCAUCGCGGCCCAUGCCGUGAGGGUCAACGUGUUCCACACCAUCAACUUUCUGCUCCAGUUCAGUGAGUCGAUUCGUGAGGGCGUGAGCAGCGGCCAGAUCCAGAUCCAUGGUGGCAUCUAUCACCUUGAGACAGGCAGCGUGGAGUUCUUGGGCGAAAGCCCUCAACAGUCCGAGCUGCUCCAGUCCAGCCUGCCCGUCCCGCCUUCUAUGGUGGGCAGCAGCGAGGCUGACCGCGGCACGCAUGGGGUGCGCACCGGGGCCGACGUCGCCAUCAAGUCCGAGCAAGCGCUGAAGCUGCUCAUCGAGGGCAACCAGCGCUUCGCCGCAGGUGCGCCCACGGCGGUGACCACGUCCAAGGACAUGCGCCGGGCCUUGGUGAAGUGCGGCCAGGCCCCCCACAGCGCCAUCGUAGGCUGCGCGGACUCGCGAGUCCCUGUGGACACAGUUUUCGAUUCGAUGCCUGGAGACCUCUUUGUGCUGCGCAAUGCUGGCAACACCUGCACACAUGCCGAGGGUAGCAUCGUCGGCAGCCUGGAGUUCUGCACUGGCAAACUGGGUACUCAACUGGUCUUGGUGCUUGGGCACACACAGUGCGGUGCCGUGGCUGGAGCGACACAAACCUACCUGUCCGGUGCCACGUCCAAAGCACCAGGCAGUGCUCUCGAAGGCCUCUUGCAGGGCCUGGCCGGGGUCGCGCAGAAGGCCAGCGAGGACUUAGGUCCGAAAGCCGAGGAGGCGGCCGUUGUGGCCCAUGCCGUGAAGGUGAACGUCUUCAACUCCGUGAACUUCCUCCUGAAGUUCUCUGAGCCUCUGCGAGAGCUGGUGCGCAAAGGAGACUUGGACAUCCAGGGUGGCAUCUACCACCUCGAGACGGGCAAGGUGGAGUUCCUUGGCCGUUCUCCUCAGCAUGCAGAGCUGCUCUCCUCCAAGCGCUCCGUGCCGCCUUCCAUCACCACCGGUGCUGUCCGCACCUCCAAGAGCGGCCCCGUGCUACCAUCGGAUGCCCUGGCCAUGCUCCGGGACGGCAAUGAGCGCUUCGCUGUGGGCGCCCCCGUCGCUGGCAAGGUGUACCAGAGCAUGCGCGAGGCCCUGGCCACUGUUGGUCAGGCACCCCACACGGCAGUGGUCGGCUGCGCCGACUCGCGCGUGCCCCUUGAGACCGUCUUCGAUGCGCUGCCUGGGGACCUCUUCGUGCUGCGCAACGCUGGAAACACCUGCACCCAUGCGGAGGGGAGCCUGCUCGGCAGCUUGGAGUUCUGCACGGGCGCGCUGAACACCCGCCUGAUCUUCGUUCUGGGACACACGAACUGCGGUGCGAUCAAGGGUGCCACCAGUGCGUUCCUGCAGUCCAAGAAGCAGGGUGGGGCGAAGGACCUGCAGGGUAAGUUGGAGGGCCUUAGAAGAGGUGCGAUUGUAGGAUAUUGUAGGGAUGUUUUGGAUUGUUUUGGUGCGUGGUAA